ACAACAAACUGUUAAAAGAAAACGGAAAAAAGAAGAAAAAAGAAAAAGAUAUCUCGUCACUUUGCCACUUCGUCGAGGACCCCAUUAUUCUUUGGUCCCCGGCGGCGCCUCCCCGUCGCGUAACAGGAAAAAAAUAAAAUAAAAAUAAAGCUCUUUCCCUUGAGACGGCGACCGGAUACCAGCUCUUUUCUCCGGCGAGCUACGGCUCUCUUCUCCGGUGAGCUUCGGCUCUUUUCUCCGGCGAGUUUCGGCGCUCUUCUCCGGUGAAUUUCAUACUUUUGCUUUUGUAAUCUGUUCGUGAGAAAAGUAGCUCAAAGAUAUGCCUUCGAUGGCAAAUACGGCUAAUGCCGCCGCGCAGAAUAAUCAUCACAAUCAACUCGCUAACGGAAAAGGUGACCUCCUCAGGCGGCAGAAGAUUGAAAAACAAAGAAAAUCUUUACCAAUUGCUUCUGUUGAAAAGCAACUCGUGAAGGAGGUUCAUAACAACAACACAUUAAUAAUCGUUGGAGAGACUGGUAGUGGAAAGACGACACAGUUACCUCAGUACCUUUAUCAUGGGGGAUUCUGUCGUGAUGGUGGAAUUAUUGGGGUCACUCAACCAAGACGUGUUGCAGCCAUAACUGUUGCAAAACGAGUUGCUGAGGAAUGCGGUGUUGAAUUGGGUCAAAGGGUUGGAUAUUCCAUUAGAUUCGAGGAUGUAACUUCCAACUCAACAAAGAUCAAAUACAUGACAGAUGGUUUGCUUCUGAGAGAAGCAUUAUUGGACCCAUACCUCUCCAAGUAUUCUGUUAUUAUUGUUGAUGAGGCUCACGAGAGAACAGUCCACACUGAUGUCUUACUUGGCUUGUUGAAGAACGUACAGAAAGCAAGGUUACAAAAUGCCCAUGGAGGGGUAAGUGUUGAUAGUACAAAGCCUAAGAAUGAGCUGCUGUUAGAGGAUAAACAGGAUGCUCAUUCUGAUGGUAUCUUCAAAAAGUGUCGGGCCAAAAAAUAUUCCCCAUUGAAAUUGAUCAUCAUGUCUGCUAGUCUGGAUGCACGAGUUUUUUCUGAGUACUUCUGUGGUGCUAGAGCUGUUCAUGUUCAGGGGCGACAAUUUCCCGUAGAUAUAUUUUACACCCAUCAGCCAGAGACGGAUUACAUAGAUGCAGCAUUGAUUACUAUCUUUCAGAUCCAUUUGGAGGAAGGCCCCGGAGAUGUACUGGUUUUCCUUACUGGCCAAGAAGAGAUUGAAUCUGUCGAGAGGCUUGUUCAUGACCGCCUACGACAUUUACCCGAAGGCAAUAGGAAGCUCUUAACCUUCCCCAUAUUUUCUUCUCUUCCUUCUGAGAAGCAAAUGAAAGCUUUUUUGCCCGCACCAGCUGGAUUUCGUAAGGUGAUACUGGCAACUAAUAUUGCCGAGACAUCAGUGACAAUACCUGGAAUCAAGUAUGUUAUUGAUCCCGGGCUGGUGAAAGCACGCACCUAUGAUGCUGAUAUGGGAAUUGACUCGCUGAUUGUUGUGAAAACAUCCAAAGCACAAGCACUACAGAGAAGUGGGCGUGCUGGCCGUGAAGGACCUGGAAAAUGCUACCGCCUUUAUCCGGAAAGCGAGUUUGAGAAACUUGAUGAUUCCACAAUUCCGGAAAUCAAGAGAUGCAAUCUCUCAAAUGUUGUGUUGCAGCUCAAGGCUCUAGGGAUUGACAAUAUUGUUGACUUUGACUUCAUCGAGAAACCAAAAAGGAUGGCAUUGGUCAAAUCACUGGAGACUCUCUUUUUAUUGGGUGCUAUAACAGAAAAUAACGAACUGUCUGAUCCCAUCGGGCAUCAAAUGGCCGGGCUGCCAUUAGAACCCAUGCAUUCAAAGGCUCUCAUUCUUGCCAGUCAGUUUGGCUGCUUGGAAGAAAUGCUAAUAUCUGUUGCAAUGCUCUCGGUCGAAUCCAUCUUCUAUGCUCCUCGUGAAAAAUUGGAGGAGUCACGAAAUGCAUUGAAAAGCUUUGCGAGUCCCGACGGAGAUCAUUUGACCUUGCUUAAUGUAUAUCGUGCUUCAAAUGAGCUCUUUGAGAAGAGCAAGAUCACAAACGGUGAACUUAAAGCUGAAAAGAAUCUCCGAAAGUGGUGCAAGGAUAAUUUCAUUAACAGCCGCUCCCUAAGACAUGCACGUGACAUUCACAGUCAAAUUCACAGGAACGUUGAACAAAUGGGUCUUCGGAUCUCUUCCUGUGGAGAAGACACACUUCUCUUUCGUAGAUGCCUGGCCGCUUCAUUUUUCCUGAACGCAGCUCUGAAGCAGCCCGACAGUACAUACAGGGUUUUAUCGAGUGGUUCCACAGUUCAAAUCCACCCGUCUUCUGUGCUGUUUCGAGCAAAACCCGAGUGCAUAGUGUUUAAUGAACUAGUGCAGACUAACUAUACCUACGUUCGCAACAUCUCCAGAAUCGAUUACUUGUGGUUAGCUGAGCUAGCCCCUCAUUUCUAUGCCUUGCAAGACUGACUGAUCUACUGAUAGUGUAGUUCUUAAUAUUCUUUGUUUUUUACUGUUCAUUUAAACAACAUAUGACUUACAUACUCAAAACAUGAAAUUAAGGAUGUUGUCAAUCUUUUUAGUACAUUUAAUGAAGGAUAAAGAGUUAAGAUUUGAUACA